GGUGAACAGCAGCCUGUCCAGCGAUGAGCUCCUCCUGGAGGACCUGGAGACAGAAGGGGAGAGGCAGCUCAAGAGCCUCCUCCACCACCAGCUGGACACCAGUGUCUCCAUCGAGCAGUGCAAGUCCAAGCGGAGAUGCUUUGCCCCUGCAGCUUUUUACAAACCCUUUGGGGAAGAGGCUGCAGGGGCUUUGAGCCUGUCCCAGUUCCAGGCCCUGCAGGAGAGUGACAAGGAAACCUCCUCUCUCCGGGAGCUGGGGCUCUCUGACUCGGAGAUCCUGCUCUGGAAGAACCAGGAUUCAGCAAGGAAGGUGGGUGUGCUGCUUUCUGGGGCCCCAAAGAAGGAGGAAUUGAGAAUCUGACUCCAUGUUCUCAAAAGGAUAUGAUAUGAUAUGAUAUGAUAUGCUAUAUGAUAUGAUAUUUACAGACAUCUUUUAUGAAAAUUUUUUUUCUUUAGGAUUUUUCUUCCUGAGAAGCUGAGAGGCUUUAAGAACAAAAUCCGGCGGGAGAUGGAGAUCGAGCAGGCGCUGUUCCAGGGCACAGACCGCCACUCCUUCCUCAGGGCCCUCUACCACCAAGAUGACACUCAGAAGAGGGGAACAGAUGAAAAGGACCCCAUGGUUCAUCUGGAGAGUGUUUACCAAGAGCUGCUGAGCAAGAAGUGCCCUGAAAAAGUCCAGUCUGCUACAAAUGACCCCUGCUCGUCCCCCACCCCACAGGGGUCUAGGACUGAGGAGCCAUCACUUCCAGAGCAGGAGGAGCAAGCAGAACAGGCAGCAAGUCCCAGUGUUUCUGCAGCAGAGCCCCAGCAGUCCCCUCCCAGGCCUGUGGUUAUCAAAGAGCCAGUUGAGUUUGUCCCAGAAGAGGAGAUCCUCAGGAACCGCCUCUCAGAGGAGGAACUGCGGAAAAUCCCCAGGUUUUCCUCCUACCAUCCAGGGGAGCCCAACAGGGUGCUGUAUUUGAAGAACCUGUGCCCCCGAGUGACAGUGAGGGACCUGGUGUCCCUGUUUGCCCGGUUCCAGAGGGAGGACAGCCCCCUGAUCCAGUUCCGCCUCCUGAGCGGCCGCAUGAGGGGCCAGGCCUUCAUCACCUUCCCUGACACAGAGUCAGCCCAGAGAGCCCUGCAGCUGCUGAAUGGGUACAAGCUGCAGGGGAAGCCCCUGGUCAUCGCCUUUGGGAAAAGCAGGAAGCACUUGCCAGAGGGUGACUCUGCCAUCCCCAGCUCCUCUGCUGCAGAGAACCCUCCUGCCACGUGAGGGAUGGAGAACCAGCAGCCUUGGGGAGUUCAGUGAGCUGUGGGUGAACCUGGGACAGUGCAGGACUGUUGGGAGCCAACGUGCAGGACCAGCAAUCUCAGACUGGGAGGAGCUGGGGCCUGGGCACUUCUUGAGAGCUGGGCAGUGCCCACACACUGUUGUGGCAAGGAGGGAGGGAAGAGGCCAGGUAAAUAAAUGCAUUUAUUGUG